UGUCAGGCAGUCACAUCGCGUCGCUCACACUCCAUUUGUCAAGACUCGUCCCUUGGUUUCUGCUGAACAACACCGCCACAUAACACCAUAACAUCACUGGCGGAGACUUGAGUACUGGGUUGUCUAGCUGUAGAAAAAUCAUCCGAUCCCAAAACCAGUCAACAAGCUAGUUCAAUGCCCCCGUGUGAAGACCGUCCCUCAGGACGUGCGGCCGAAGAUAGCCAAGCAAGCCCGUUCAGUCUCUUAUUUCUAUCUCCCAAGGCCGCAAGGCCCAGCACCCCGCUAGCUACCAAACAAAUUCAAAUCCUGUGCUGCCAUGGCUCCUAGCUACUGGAUCUUCUGUGUCUGGUGUCUACCGCUGACCCUCGUCGUCACGGCGGUUGAGGCACAGAUGGAUGGCUGCUCCAGCUCGUCCAAGAGAUGCGGCAACCUCACCUUCUCCUACCCAUUCGGGCUCUCUGACAUGGAGACAGGAAGAUCAUGUGCUUCCUUGGACUUUGAGGUCGAUUGCCUCAACCGUACUACUCCAGUUCUACGCGGACCGCGGUUUGCAAUCCUCACCAUGUCUUACGAGGAACGGAGUCUGCGCGUCGUCGAUCUAUACGAGCUGACCCAGUUGCGCGACUACAACAGCUGCCAUGUCCCAAGGUGGAACACCUCCGUGAAGCUGAGACCCCCAUUCAAGAUCAGCCCUGCCAACCUGAACCUCGUCUUCUACAACUGCACAAAAAAAGCAGCAGGAGUGGCGCGUCAGGAUGGGACGCUUGUGGAGACGAGAUGCGUCAAUAAGAGCGACGUGUUUGUCUCCGCGGGAGGGUUCUAUGAUGAGACGAGCGGCUACACCGGCUUCGAGGGGUGUGACUCUACCGUCAUCCCAGUGCUGGGCUCGUCAGGCAAGGCGAAUGCGAGGGACUACGAGCAGCUCGUCAGCGAUGGCUUCCUCUUGACUUGGGACCCCCCUCAUCUUGGUAGUGGUAGCAAGAGGAGCAAAAAGAAACUGCUGAUAGCUUUGAUAUCAGCUGCAGCCUUGCUCUUUCCAUGUAUUUAUGUGCUGAUAUGGCAAAUAAAGUGGAAAAGAAUAUGGCUUCUCCUUCGCAAAAAGAAUAGCAGCAGCACUGAAAGGAAUUACGAGGCUAUGCUAGUAACUUAUGGAUCCCUAGCUCCAAAAAGAUACAUGUACUCAGAGGUAAUGAAGAUAACGUCUUCUCGCAGUGAUCAGCUCGGAAGAGGUGGUUAUGGUGUGGUUUUCAAAGGAAGACUACAUGAUGGCCGUCUGGUUGCUGUGAAAUUCUUGCAUGACUGCAAAGGAAAUGGGGACGAGUUUGUGAAUGAGGUUAUGAGCAUUGGCAGGACCUCUCAUGUAAAUGUUGUUAGCUUACAUGGGUUUUGUUUGGAGGGAUCAAAACGAGCGCUUAUAUAUGAGUACAUGCCCAACGGUUCCUUGGAUGAGUACAUUUACUCAGAGAACCCGAAAGAAAUUUUACGAUGGCAGAGGCUCUAUGUGAUAGCAAUCGGGGUUGCCCGUGGCCUAGAAUACUUGCACCAUAGCUGUAACACACGGAUUGUUCAUUUUGAUAUCAAACCACAAAAUAUCCUUCUAGACAAGGAUUUUAGUCCAAAGAUUGCUGAUUUUGGUCUAGCUAAACUGUGUCAUACAAAGGAGAGCAAGCUAUCAAUGAAUGGCGCUAGAGGAACAAUUGGAUUCAUCGCUCCAGAAGUUCACUCUCGAACCUUUGGAGUGGUUUCAACAAAGUCAGAUGUUUAUAGUUAUGGAAUGAUGUUGCUGGAGAUGGUUGGAGGCAGGAGAAAUGUAAAAUCAAUUGUUGAAAAAUCCAGCGAGAAGUACUUUCCUGAUUGGAUAUACGACCACUUAGCGCAAGAUGAGGGACUCCAAGCAUGUGCAGUCACAGACGAAAUUGAGGAAAUCGCGAGAAAGAUGAUCUUAAUUGGCUUGUGGUGCAUACAAGUAUUACCUGUGUAUCGCCCCACUAUAACAAAAGUUCUCGAAAUGUUUGAGCGAAGCUUAGAUGAUCUGGACAUGCCGCCAAAGCAGAACUUCGGUGAAUUACUUGAAAGUUCUGCUCAUAAUCUGGAUGUACAAAGUGCAAGUUCUACCAGACAUGACGAGAUAAGCCGUGUGCAAUCGAAAAAUUCUACAACGACCACCAACUCUUUAAGCUGAUAACCCCUUUGUGAAUCCAAAAGGUGAACAGUUAUUUCCAACUCUUUAUAAAGGUGGCCUGUAAUAGAGUACAUACAGAAUUUGAUAAGUGCGACAAAAUUCGGUACUGUAUCAUAGAACAUACUCUAUCUGUAUGUAGGACCUAGAGUCAAGGUUCUCCGCACCACAGAAUCCAUAAUUUACGGACAAGAAAAGGAAAAAUUCAGGUGCC